CGCAAAAUAUGUGACGUCACACGAAGAUUAAAUUUAAUUUAAUUAUGAUUUAAAUAAGCUUUUAAUGAGGUGAUUUUCUAAAUUUCAUAUUUAUUAUUAAAUAUACAUUGAUUUGUCUAAAUCCUAAUAAAAUAAGGGAUAUUUCAGUGUAAACACACCUUUACAUAAUUUUGACAGACCUAUAACCUACAAAAGUGACAUUUUUAAAUUUUCCUAAUUUUCGCAUUUUAUGUUAUCAUGUCGACACUAGAGUUAGUUCAAACUCUAAAAAAAGACAACGGCCGUGUUUGGAACGUAAGCUGGCACCCUAAAGGCGAGUCUUUUGCUUCCUGUAGUGAAGAUAAGUCUAUUAGAAUUUGGGCUAAAGAUGGCUCAAAGUACACAAAUAAAGUAGUUUUAACCGAUGGCCAUAAACGUACGAUAAGAGAGGUUGCAUGGUCGCCUUGUGGUGAUUUUCUUGCGUCAGCUAGUUUUGACGCUACCACUUGUGUAUGGGAUAAAAAGAAUGGAGAGUUCACUUGCAAUGUAACACUCGAGGGGCAUGAAAAUGAAGUUAAAUCAGUUGCAUAUUCAAGUAAUGGUUUACAUUUGGCCACAUGUAGUAGGGAUAAAUCUGUUUGGGUUUGGGAGGUAGCCGGUGAAGAUGAAUAUGACUGUGUUGCUGUGUUAAACAGCCAUACGCAAGAUGUGAAAAAAAUUGUCUGGCAUCCUUCUAAAGAGAUAUUAGCAUCUGCUUCAUAUGACAACACUGUGAAGUUAUUUAAGGACGAUGUAGCUUUAGGUGAAUGGGUAAACUCCAAUACCUUACAUGGUCAUGAAUCCACCGUGUGGAGUAUAGAUUUUGAUGCUACAGGGGAAAGAAUAGCUUCUGUUAGUGAUGAUAAAACCCUUAAAAUCUGGAAGGAAUACCCUCCGGGUAAUCCAGAAGGUAUCCCCACCGAAGAUAAGGAAUCAGCAUGGAAAUGUGUUUGCACAAUCUCUGGACAUCACAUGAGGACUAUUUAUGAUGUAACAUGGUGCCCUCUAACAGGCCUUAUCGCAACUGCAUGUGGUGAUGAUGCCAUAAGAAUUUUCAAAGAGGAAAAUGGAUGUGAUCCCAACGCCCCCACAUUUAAUUUAGUCGCCACAGUUGAAAGGGCACACAGUCAAGACGUAAACUGUGUCUCAUGGAACCCAAAAACACCUGGUUUACUAUUAUCAUGUAGUGAUGAUGCAGAAAUCAAAGUUUGGAAGUUUAAGGAAUAAAAAGACUUAUAUUUUGUUUUGUAUAUAGAUUAAAGGCUUUUAAAAUAAACAUUGAGACUUUUG